AGAGAGAGAGAGAGAGAGAGAGAGAGAGAGAGAGAGAGAGAGAGAGAGAGAGAGGCAGGGCGGCAAACAUCAGUUGAGUCCCACUCCUCCUUGCGCCAACACGUGUGGAAAUCCCGUGCCUCGGUUAUCUCUCUCUCUCUCUCUCUCUCUCUCUCUCUCUCUCUCUCUCUCUCUCCUCUCUCUGUUUCUCUCUCUCUUUAGCUUUCCCUGCCCUUAUCUCUCAGCUUGCCUGUCUUUCUCUGCCUCUUUUUUGUUUUUUGGUUGCUAUUAUCUCAUGUCGUAUUUUCAGUUUUCAUUCAUACAUUCCUCUCUAUCUUUUCACACUCACUCACUCUCAUAUCCUCGCUCUCUCCCGCUCUCUCACUCUGUCUCACCGCGCCUCCACGCACGCCGCGAGAUUGAAGCGUUGAGUGUUAAACGAACGCUUUAAAGUCUAAACGAGUCUAAACGAGUCUAAACGAACGCUAAAAAUACAUUAAAAAGAAAAAAAAGACUUGGACUUAAACGAAAAAAAAAACGAAGGAAAAAAAGGAAGGAAAGAAGAAAAAUACAGACUUCAGUCGACGCACAAGACGAGGUAGAUAUAAAUAGAGAGAGAGAGAGAAAGGAAGAAGAGAGAGAGAAAGAAAAUGAUGAUUAACAAAGGAGGAGUAAAGAGAAGGAAGUAAAGAAGGAAGUUUUAAACAGACAAACGCAGGGAAAUUGAAAGAAGAGAGAGGCAGGGAAAAAGAAAGGAAAAGGAAAGUAAUAGUAUGAAAAUAAACAUUCCAUGGUGAUCGAAAGAAGUAAGAAAGAAUAACAAUAAAGAAGAAGAGGAGAAAACAGAAAAUUAGGGAAGUGGAAAGGAGAGGAAAGGAAAAAAAAAUGAAAUGUGACAAAAUGAAAAACGGAAAAGAAAAUGGAGGAAUCUGAGGAGUGUGGAUGGGAAGGAAAUGAACAAAGUCAACAACAACAACAACAACAACAGCUGAUGUGUUUUCGGAUUGGCUUCAUAUUGUAUCUUCUCAGGCGGAAGAAAUAUCACCACCACCACCACCACCACCACCAGCACCACCACCACCACCACCACUACAAGACUACCACUGCUGCUGGUGAUAAAAUGACAGUCACCUACACCACCAAGGUUUCCAACACUUGUUUCUGCGGAUUUUCCAAGCUUCUAUUCAGAUGGCGCGGCAGUGUGUUCAAGCUGCUCGCCGCUGACCUCAUUGUUUACUUCCUGCUUUAUUUCUCCGUGGCCGCCAUCUACAGAUUCGCCUUGCGGGAGAACGAGAAGAGAGUGUUUGAGAAGAUCGCCAUAACGUGUGAAUACUUCCGCAACGUGUUCCCUAUCUCUUUCGUGCUGGGUUUCUACGUGACAAUCGUGGUGCAGCGGUGGUGGGAGCAGUACAUGCUGAUCCCCUGGCCCGACACCGUGUGCAUCAUGGCCUCCACUUACAUAGAGGGCCAGGAGCUUCUAAGGAUGGCUUAAGACAGAGUUCUAUGUCACAACAAGUUUCCCAAAACCGAACAAGAGUGGACAAACAUUGGAAACCUAUUCGAAGAAAAAUGGAAUUUUCCAAACUGCCUUGGCGCAGUUGAUGGAAAACAUGUACACAUCACUCCUCCAAAGGAUGCAGGGUCUUACUUCUAUAAUUAUAAAGGGUACAAUAGUCUAGUUUUAAUGGCAGUGGUCAACGCCAAUUAUGAAUUUUUGUACGCAGACAUAGGUACCAAUGGCCGUGUUUCAGAUGGUGGCGUAUUGAAUAACACUACUUUUCGAAAAAAAACUCAAAGACAACGAACUUCACAUUCCACCCAUUGGGAAGCACGGUCUCCCUUGUGUUUUCGUGGGAGAUGAAGCAUUUGCGCUGCGACCUGAUUUUUUAAAACCAUAUCCACAAAAGGAGCUGAAUGAUGACAGAAGAACUUUUAACUAUCGUCUAUCAAGAGCUCGAAGAGUAGUUGAGAAUGCGUUUGGCAUAUUAAGCGCUAGAUUUCGCAUUUUCCACUCAACUAUAAAUCUCAAAUUAGACAGCAUUGAGAAGGUGGUGCUAGCUACAAUUGCAUUGCAUAACUAUUUGCGAAGUAAAACAGUCACCACUCAUAAUAUUAAUAAUGAUUGUAAUGACAUGAUGCCCAAUAACAACAGCAAUGAAAAUUGCAUGGCUAGUUUAGAAAGAGGAAGAGAUGCACGGGUUGCAUCUCAAAUUGCUCGAAAUGUUCGGGACAACUUUAUGACAUAUUUCACAGGCGAAGGUGCUAUUGCAUUUCAAGAGAAUGUACUGUAAACAUGUAAGCUAAUGA